AUGCAGGGCCUCAAAGUGCUGGUCGCCGGCGCCACGGGCGGCGUCGGCAAGGCGGUGGUGCAGCAGCUGGUGGCGCAGGGUGUGCCCGUCAAGGCGCUGGUGCGCGACGGCGUCAAGGCGGCGGGCAUGCUGCCGCCGGCCAGCCGGGGCGUGGAGAUUGUGGAGGGGGAUGUGUACAAGUUUGGCACCAUCGCCAAGGCCAUGGCGGGCUGCAACGCCGUCAUCUGCGCCACCGGCCCCACCGACCGCUUCAACCCGCUGGGGCCCUACCUGACUGACUGCGAGGGCAACAAGAACCUGGUGGCCGCCGCGCAGCAGCAGGCAAGCGGGCGCAGGAAGUUUGUGCUGGUGAGCUCCAUCGGCUGCGACGACCCGCUCUUCCCGCUCAACCUCUUCUGGGGCGUGCUGCUGUGGAAGAAGCAGGGCGAGCUGGCGGUGCAGCGCAGUGGCCUGGACUACACCAUCGUGCGGCCGGGCGGCCUGCUGGACGAGCCGCGGGCGGGGCAGGCGGCGGGGCAGGUGGUGCUGGGCGGGGCGGACGCCUAUGGCCUGCCGCCGCGCAAGCGGCCCGGCAGCGUGCUGCGCUCGCAGGUGGCGGACUGCUGCGUGGCGGCGCUGGUGGAGCCGUCUGCCAGCGGCAAGGUGGUGGAGAUCAUCGCGGAGCAGGGCGCGCCCCCCGCACCCUUCACCGAGCUGUUUGCCUCCGUGUGA